UAUCUGUGCGUGUUCAGAGCACACGUGUGUGUGUGUGCCCAGGGUGAGUGAGCACAGGUAAGUGAGCACAGGUAAGUGAGCACAGAUGACGGGUUUGCACAAGGGUGUGUUCCCACGGGCGUGGUGUGUCCGUGUGCACACGAGGGUGGAUUUGCACGAGGAUGGGCGUGUCCGUGGGCGUGUCAGUGGGCGUAUCCGAUGAGUGAUGGACAGCUCCGCCUGGCCGCGCCCCGCCGCGCGAAAAGGGGCGGAGCCACGGCUGUCACUAGGAGACGGGGCAGUGCCGGAUUGGCGGCGCGAGCGGCCAAUGGGAACCGCGCUAGGGCGGGACGGUGGGAGGGGCUCUGAGGGAAGAUCCGUCGUGAUUGACUGAGAGGCGGUGGGCGGGAACAACGGCGAGGGGAGCUCCGCCCUGAUUGGCUGAGGUGCGCGCGCCCGUCGUGGGCGGGAACAGGGCUGAGCGGAUCUGUAAUGGGAUUGGCCGAUCCGCCGUGGCGGGAACCGCGCCGAGGGGAAGCCCCUCUCCGAUUGGCCGAGCGCGGCCGAGAGGCGCAGCUGAUUGGCUGAUUGCCCUUUGCCGCCGUACCCGCGCGCGAUGGCGGCGGCGCUGGAGCGGGCGCUGGGCUCGGCGGGGCCCGGGACGGGCCCGGUGCCCGAGGUGCCGGAGAUGUCGGAGCCGGUGCUGGUGCUGGGCCCGGCGGGCUCGGGCCGCACGGCGCUGCUGCUGCAGGCGGCGCUGGCGGGCGGCGCCCAUGGGCCCCGCGCGCUGUUCCUGGCGCCCAGCGCGGUCCCGCGGCUCCCGAACGGCGGCGGCGGAACAGGCACGGACCCCAGAGCCCUGCAGCGCCUGGAGCUGCGUUACCCCCGUUCCCGGGGGUCCCUGUGCCGUGAACUGGGUGCUCUGUCCUUGCGCCCCCCCGACCUGCUGCUGCUGGACGGGCUCGAGCAGUACCUGGGGGCGUCCCCGGGGGGCUGCGCCCGCCUGGCCGCGCUGCUGCUGGAGACCACCCGCCCCCCCGGCCCCCGGGGCCGCCCCCGGCCCCCCCCCCAGGUGGUGGCGGCACUGCGCCUGCCCUCCCCCGCCCCCCACGUGCUGCCCACCCUGCGCAGGUUCUUCCCCGCCCGCUGCCUCCUGAGCCCCCGGCCCGGGGGGCUCGUGGGGGUCCGACUGAGCCGCCCCGGGAGGCCCCCCCGGCGCUGGAGGCUCCACUUGGACCCCCACGGGGAGGGGGGUGGGGAGGGGGGCGAGGAGGAGCAAGAGGGGGAGGGGGGCAGUGACACGGAGGAGGAGUGGGGAUGACACCCCCCCCGGCACGGGGGACAUGGACUGAUGUGACACACCCCCCGGUGGGUGACAAGGACUUGAUGUCACCCCCAAAAGGGGUGACAUGGACCUGAUGUCACCCCCCCCGCAGGUGACACAAACCCAACGUCACCCUGUCCCGAACGUUUUGGGGUGACCCUGCCACCAUCCCCCGUGACGUGGGGACACAGGCGGUGACAGGGCUCCAGGUGUCCACUGGGCCCCCCCAGUGCCAUCUGGGAGCUCCUGAUAAGGGUUAUCAGCCCCCCCCACCCGGCCCUGAGCACCCGCCACCCCCCAGGGCCCCACGUGUCCCCAAGUGCUGCUCCAAGCGCUCCCAGUGUCUCCCCAGUGUCUCCCCAGUGCCCCCCAGUGCUCUCCCUAUUACCCUCUGGUGUCCCCAUUGCCCCCCCAAUGUGCCCCAGUGCUCUCCCAGUUACCUCCUGGUAUCUCCCCCUGUCCCAGUAGCCCCAGUGUCCCCAGUCACCCAUCCCAGCGCUCCCAGUUCCCCCCAGCGGGUGGGGCCGGCCAUUGUUUAUUGUGUAUUUACUGUAAAUUUAUUGUCCAUUUCCAGUAUAAAAACAUUAAAAACCCAAAGCACAGGAAA